CUCUUUAAAAUGAUGAAAGAAUAAAUGAAGAUGAAGUCGAUGCAGAGGCAGUCAGCUUGGGUCGAGCAGGGUGUCAUUGACAAGUACGUGUUCAGUGACAGCUGCACUAUCCGACUGGUCAUCAUCAUCUUCAAACUCCUGGGUUUGGCGCCGAUAUCAGUGAGCAACUCCAGAUCCCUCAGGGCAAACACUCGCAAUUCAACUCAAGGAUUGACAUUCAAGUCAUGUGUCUCCGCUGUCGUCUACAUCUACAUUAUGAUGAUUAUUAUCCUCGCUGCCAGUGUCUUGACAGUUCCCUUGAUCAACGCAGAGACCCCUGACAGUGACGCUGACUUAUUGGACACCUUCGAAGCAGCGAAAGGAGUCCUCGGGGUCAUCGUGCUCCUCCUGGUCUGGCUGAUCGUGUCCUUCCGGUACAAAACGACCGUUAAAAUCCUCAAUAAAAUAGUGGAGAUGGACAACGAGAUGUUGAUGCUGCAUGACCUGUACUACUUGGAGAGCUCCAAACCAGAGAUCCUCAUAAUGUACCUGGUGAACAUCAUCGUCUGGGUCGCCAUAUUUGUCCUCGAGAUAGUGUCAAUCCCGGAUUCAUGGAGAACAUGGAUUCCCCUGCUGCUCCCUAGCUUUGUCAUGAACUGGUUCAUCAUGCAGUACAUUCUGAUACUCGUGAUGAUAGAGAACAGAUUUGUGAGUGUCAAUCGUGCUUUUAUCAUGAUCUCCAACAGCAGAAUUGAGACGUUUUUCCAUGCAGACGUCAGACCGGUUGAUGUGUCUGAACGAAUGAUCGUGAAUAAUUUUAUUACCCUGAGACGAGCCCACUCCAUGUUGGCGGAUAUAUGCCGGGACGUAGCUGAUUAUUACUCAUUACCCAUUCUCCCAACAAUAGCUUUUUUUUGUGGAGCUUCUAUUUAUUAUUCUUAUUACAUAAUUGUGCCACUAGUUGCUAAGGCCCGCCAACAGUCAGUAUUGGAGAUCAUCAAUAUGAGCUGCUGGCUACUAAUGCAAAUACUUCCGAUUGUGGUUCUGUCGGUGUGUGUCACUCGGGUCCACAAUCAGAUGGGGUUGACUGGUGGAAGUGUCUACAAAGUCCUGGCCCGAUCUAUCCUGGAUUAUAUUGCCAAAGACGAGUUGAAGAAGUUUUCCUUCGAAUUGUUGCAUAAAAACAUUCAGUUCACGGCGUACGAUAUAUUUUCACUUGAUUGCACUCUAAUUCAAUCGAUAUUCGGUAUGUUGGCGACGUAUUUGAUUAUCCUCGUACAGUUUCAAUUGACUCACACGAGUAAAGAGUAUUACAUACUAGACAUUCUCUCGUCGAUGUUUUCCACUGAUACAGCCCAGGUAAUCAGGGCAGCUUUCCAGAAUAAUUCAUGUCAACUCUGUCCGACGUUAUCGCGUUCACCAAUAGGUCAGUCAGAACCGAACCCCUCCUGCAACAUGUACCUGUUCACACGAGCUUUCCUUAGUCCUGUCCUUUCCACCUUCUCGUACCUAUUCUUCAAAGCCCUCGGGUUGAUUCCAGGUCGACUGCGAAAUUUUAAAAAUGCCCCUCCGUCCUUCGAGUACUCCCUGGCUGGAGUGAUACACAUUUGUCUGGUGACAGUGACAUUCGCUGUGUUGAGCGUUUUUUCAAUUAACGCACUUUACAGCACUGAUUAUCCCAACAAAUCGUCAACUACUGAAGUCAUUGAGUUGUCCAAGGCAUCCCUGGGGUCGAUUAUCCUGUUGAUACUGUGGGUGUGGAUUUGCAUUCAUCAGAGAGAAGCUGUCAAAGCAUCAAACGACUUCUUCGAGAUUGACACUCUCAUGAUACCGUACAGACAUCUCCACAGCCCGAAGACCCUGGGCCCACGGUUCGUCCUGUUUUGGGUACUGAACACAGUCAACUGGGUCAACAUGAUUUGGUCGGACUAUGUGGUAUUCGAUGAGGUGUCGGUGCUGUCGUUGAUCGCCGCUGUUGGACCCAAUUUCAUCUUCAAUUGGCUCCUGCUUAUGUACACCUUCAGCAUCACAUCGUUGAUGAUGCAGUUCCGGGCAGUUAAUGAUGCCAUCGUCGGCUUCUCCAGGGUUUCAGUCAGUUCCAUCUCUACUUCUUCAAAGGUCUCCAAUGAUGUCCUCGUGAUGAAGAAUUUUUUCGCGUUGAAGUAUGUCCACAUAAGGCUUCAUGAAGUGGUCAGGGUAGUUGACAGGUUUUACUCGUUUCCGAUUCUCCUGAUUAUCGGGCAAUUGGCGGUAUCGAUUGUUUAUACGUCUUAUUACCUGGUACUCCCGAUGUUUGUGCCGUCUCUGGAGCAGCGGGGACUCCUCCUCUUCAACUCGGCGUGCUACCUCUCCAUGGAGGUGGUUCCAAUCACCCUGAUGACCAUCGCCAUCGGCCAAUUCGAGCAGGAGCUGGUGAGAACUGCUGACGUUGUUCACAAAUUUCUGACGCGGACUCGUCUGAGUGGAAAAGCACAAGCUGAGGUACCUUUCACCUUGACAAUCUCCAAAAUUCUGGGUAACUUGUCCUUUGGCUUUCAGUUGAGGCUUUUUUCCCUGGAACUACUUCAUCAGAAUGUCCAGUUCACAGCUUGUGGAAUCUUCGCACUGGAUGGGACUCUCCUGCAUUCAAUUUGCGGGAUGACGGCGACGUAUCUGAUAAUUCUGAUUCAAUUUCAAUCAGCCUCCUUCCCCUCUACCCUGCUGAGCCUCUUCUUCAUCCAGUUCGCUCUGCUGGUACAAGUCGUGAGGAGACGUGUGCAGGCGUUGAACAGUUUAAUCCUCCGAAAGCUCGACACGUACAUCAACGACGACAUCGUCAGGACGUUCCAGGCCUGGAAGAAGGCCCAGGAUGAGCUGCAUGAAGCUUGUGUGGUUCUCGCUGAUUUUUACUCGUUUCCGCUGCUCUUCGGGAUGGCCUUCUUAUAUUACGCAGUCAUUUGUAUCAGUUUUUACACAGCGAAAGACUUGUGGAAGAGCGCGCACAGGAGACGACCGAUGAUUCACCUUUUGAACGACCCCACGUGGAUGAUGAUCUUGGUAAUGUCAACUGCCCUUUUACUCUUCGAAAUUGAUGAGCUCCAAAAUCAGAUGACGAAGAAGGCAGCAGUGUGUCGUAAAUUGACGUUGAAAUUCAGAAGGAAUGGACAGCUCCAGUCUCGGAUUUUUGGAACGACGGUGACGUAUCUCAUUAUUCUCAUUCAAUUUCUGAUGUUUCGUGAUGAGCAAAUGCGUCUGGCCAAAAGCAAACAGUCAAUGCUUUCUGGGAACUGA